AUGGCGGAUAGGAUUUUUUGGGGUCUUACUGCAGAUGGAGAAUAUGCGGUUAAAUCAGGUGCUGCUCUACUUCAAGGGUAUGGCUUAGAUCCGCCCAACCAGAAUGGUAGCACAUCUUAUGGCUUUGUUAUUAGAGAUUCUGGGGGGAAUCUUUUGCUUAGUGGUGCUAAUGCCAUUGCUGACAAUAAUUCUAUUUUAGUUGCUGAGGCCUGGGGUCUAAGAGAAGGUAUUAGGGGUGCUCUUUAUCUGGGGGCACAUAAUGUUACUAUUGAGGGUGAUAAUCUCUCGGUUAUUCAAGCUAUCAAAAGAAUUUGGAAAAUUCCCUGGUCUAUUAAUAUUCUUAUUAAUGAUGCAGCGGAGGAUUUGAAAAAAUUUGAUAAUUAUAAUAUUCAACAUGUUUUUAGAGAAGCUAAUUAUGCUGCUGAUUGGAUGGCAAGUCAUGGCCAUUCCACUACUAAUCUCUGUUAUUGGUUUGAAUCUCCUGAUAUUGCGUUUUCCAAGAUCAUCCGUAAGGAUGCUUUAGGGUGGCCUGUUAAUUGGGUUUCUCCCUAG